AUGAAGCGCCCACGGCAACCACAAACAGGUGGGCCAACUGCUGACAGACAUCCCUACAAAGACGACUGCAGUUUGACUGAAGACCGUCAGUGUCAGGAAGCAAUAGCCCUGAUGAAGCAUACAGCUGAUGAGGCAGUGGUAAAGGAAAAGAUGAAGUUAACACUGGCCCAUCGCCAGAAACUGCUGCACGACCCUAAAGAGUCAACUGAUAUUCUAUCAAUUUUCCCGCGAUUCCUGGAUAUACCAGGCUUGAUUGAUCAAGAUUUUGGACUUCUGUUUGGUGAUGUGACCUCUGCAAAGUUGUUGGAGAAGUGGUCUACCAACAUAAAAGCAAAGGUUAUUGCACAGAGCCGUGGCCUCACACAGACUAGUGAGCUCCAAGACCUCAUCCAAAAUGCUGAAGCCACUGAAGUUGAAGAAGGGUGGGACAGCGACAUGUCUUCCAUUCUGUUGCUGGUUCACCUUUUGCCACCCUCAAGUCAAGGCCGCAAGAGACCGGGAAAGAUCUCAGCUAAACAAGCAUGUGAUCGUCUUGUGAAGUUCAUCAAGACCGGUACCAGUAUCCAAGGGCACUUGGAUAGCAUUGGAGAGAGGCUCCAGCCGUAUCUACUCGCUGUUGGGCCGAACAGAAGUAGGGUCCAUUCUUGGUUUAUUGUCAUUGACCAACAUGCUCUACCCUGUAAGGCUUCUAAUUCAUUGGCCUGUGUUGAUGAGCUUUUCAAAGCUCACUUUGUCUUUGGGACUUCAAACUGUCAGGAAUUGACCAAUGUGUAUAGCUUUCUGCAAACCACUGUCUAUGAUAUAGAUGUUGAAACCACCAAGGUGGAGUCACCUGUAAAAUGGAGGAAUGGGAAAAAGGACCAAGAGCAAGAGCCUGACCAGAGGCGGAGCCUACAGUUCAAAAGCAGCCACUUGAAGUGA